CAAUGUAGGAGUUUUAAUUUGAAAGGAACAAUGUGAAGUGUCAUGGUGUGCCUUGUGGCGGGCUUGACAACAGGGAUGCAGGUGGAGCGACUCGGCCAGGACCGUUCACAUCUGUCUUGAAGGAGAGAGGGGGGAAAGGAAACCUACGUUGUGGUCUGCUCAACGCUCUGGAUGAAAAGAAAGAAACACAGAAGCGUGAACUGCAUCCAGUCUAUGUCCAGGGAUAUUUACAAACCUCCCCAAGUCUGGAGAAUAUAAUCGGAGGGAUUGACGCAAAACACAAAUACCCACCUGCCCCCCUAACGAUGGGACCCACACCUGCAUAAAGCUUUGUAGUCCUUAGGUAUCAUGAGAAGAAGGGGUUUACGCUGAAACCAUGAACGCAUAGCAUGCUUUAGCAGACUCUAGUAGACUCUGAUACCCGUCUACUCUACGACUCCCUCACUCUUUUGCUCCUUUUCCUCUGCUUCCACUCCCCUUAAAGAAAGAUCACAAUCGGAUAACUCCCCUCUCCCUCCCUCCCCCCCCAUCUUUGUCACCAGCUCAAAUUUCCUGGAUAUUACACUGAGAUCUGGAUUCAAGAGAAAGUUUCUAUUUUUGGUCCAGGAUAGACCAAGAGGCUUUUGAAGAAAGGACUGUGUUGAAAAUAUCAUAUUCUCCCCCCUCCCCUCUUUUACUCCCCCACUAUUCCUCAUUCCUUUUCUCCAAUUCCCAGAGGCACCAACUGAUGGAGAGACAAAGGAGAGAGUCAGGAUAAGGACAAAAAGUUGAAAAUCGGAGAGAAGAGGGAAAAACUGUCAGGAAAAUUGGAGUAGGACUCCUGUGGGGAUUACUUUACCCAGUUGAUCUUGAUAUAUCAGUUCAGUGAUGCUCAUUAUUUACAUUUAAAAUCUGUUAGACACAGCAAAGUCAGGCCUUACCUCUGGGGUACAUUAGAUCAAAAAGGCAUCGACUAGAGAAGGAGAAACUUGGGAACUUUGAGUAUGACAAGGGGGUUAAGAUUCUUCUGUUGGCCCCUGUGGCCUGUGGCCCUUUUCAGCCUGCUCACCACAGUGAAGAUGCUGGAAUUUGGUGGGGCGCCUGGCCAGUGGGCACGCUACGGACGCUGGGAAGCUGGAUCCGUGGGCGAGCUGAGCUUCAGUCUUAAGACCAACAUCAGCAAAGCCUUGGUACUCUAUCUGGAUGAUGGCGGCAACUGUGACUUCUUGGAGCUUCUCAUCGCUGGUGGGCGCCUCCAGCUGCGCUUUGCCAUCCACUGUGCCGAGCCAGCCACAGUGCACAUGGAGACGCGGGUGAAUGAUGACCGCUGGCACAUGGUCUUGCUCACCCGCAAUUUCCGUGAGACCCUCCUGAUGGUCGAUGGUGAGACAAAAGUGGCUGAAGUCAAGUCCAAGAGGAAGGAGAUGGCAGUGGUCAGUGACCUGUUUGUGGGCGGGAUCCCACCUGAUGUGCGCCUCUCUGCGCUGACUUCUAGCACCGUGAAGUACGAGCCGCCCUUCCAGGGUUUGAUCUCCAAUCUGAAGGUGGGGGAGAUGCCUCCUAAUUUGUUAAAUAGCCAGGGCAUUCAGAGCGACCUGGAGUACCUCUGCACCAAACAGAACCCAUGCUUCAAUGGAGGGUUUUGCUCUAUUCAGUAUGGAGAAGUUCACUGUGACUGCACCCUCACCCGCUUCAAGGGGAAGUACUGCAAAGAAGCUGAAGAGUAUGCUGCCGAAGGUAAGACUGAUGCUUUACUUCACGGGCCCUCUGAUGGCUUUCCUUAA